UGUAUUAUAUCAACAGUAAUGAUGAAGGUCAGAUGAAAAUCUUUAAGGAUAACUAUCUUGAGAAGGACAGAAAAUAUUUAAAAUUCAUUUAAUAAAUGAUGCUAAGUGUGAAUGCCUUGACAUGUUUUUUAUUUACUUUUAGAUGAUUAGGUGAAUUAGCAUAUUGGAUAUUUAAUAUUUCAGAAAAUGCACACACUGUAACUGUUAUAAUUAAUGGCCAAUUACGAAUCUACGUUAUGUCAAAGUAUAGUUGUUUCAUCAGGGUCAACAUCUGCUCUAACAUUUGCUUUUAAUAAUUUGAAAAAGAGAUAUCUUCAAAGACAAUCUGACAUAUUGGAAGUUCAAAAUAGGAAUUUAAAAAUGAAUGCAGAAUUACAACAAAUACAAAACGAAACGCAAAUACUAGAACGGAAAAUUGAACAGCUUCAAAAGAAUUUACAAUCGAAGACUAUGCAGUUACGCAACUUGGAAGCAACAUUUCACAGAACAAGAGAAAAUGAAGAUUCUCUUAUAAAACAUUCUGCUGAAACAGAACAUCUACUGGAGGAAGUCAUAUACAAGUUAAGAAUCCGUGAUAAGGAGAAUGAGCAGUUAAAUAAGGAGAACAGAAUUACAAAUAAAAAAGUGUUAGAUUUAACUCAACAAAAACAACUGCUCGAGAAAGAAAUAGAGGAUUUAAAACACAUUCCACAAGUCUCAGUUUUAAAGCACGAGCCUGUUGCUACAAAUAGCUCUCCACCGAUUCCACCAAGACAUUUAAAACCUACUAGUACUGACAAUGACAGAAAAGAUAGUCAAUUGGAAGAAUUGCAAAAGGAAUAUAAAAUCGUGUUAUUAGAAAACAAGAACUUGCGUACCACAAUUCAUUGGCUUGAUAAAAAUUUAAAAGCAACUAAAAUGCAAGGCUUUGGAGGUAGACCUUGUCGAAUAAGAAGAGAUAGUGACAGUUUAGAGGAAGGCAAGAAACAGUCCACUUUCACAGAAGGGAAAUCAACAAACAAGGUUGAUUUAUACAUAGAAAAAAUGCAUCAAAUGAUUAUUUUUUUGCAACAAUCUUUAAAGUCCAAUACAGCACUGAUAGACAAGUUGUUACGAAAUCGUUCAAGCCUUAAAGAUAAAAAUUCUAUAUCCCUUGUCAAAACCAGCAAAACUAAUUUUGACCACAGAGAAUCCUCUGUAGCCAAUCAAGUUGUUGAAAGAGGAGCAUCAAAUAACUUGCAAAACUUACGACAGAUACAGGACACGGUGGAAAGUCGUAAUCCAAUGUCAGCGAAAAUUUUAAAACAUCAGUCUAAAUAUCCUCAUAUGUGGAAACAACAACCUGUAACAGAGUAUGACGACUAUGUUGAUAUUGACGACAUUCGAAACUUAAGUGACCUUUCAAUAACACCAGAUCUUUCAAAUAAUUCAUUAGGUGAAAUAAACCUGCCCCCUUCAUUAAUUCAAAAUGUGAAGCAGCAACAAACUCAAACGUAUUUAAAAACAAAGACUCUUUCACCGCGAUUUCCAUCCAUAUACAUGCAAGAUGAUUUGUCUCAUCAAACUACUUUUGUUUUAUCUCAUGAAACAGAUUUAGAACAAGUUAAUACCCAAAAUUUAAAAGAGCAAUCUUUAGAAAGUUAUAUGCAUUCCGAAAUAGCAUGUGUUCGAAACAGUAUACUUCCAGAAUCAAACCUAUCUGAACAACCAAGUGAAGUAUCUCCUUUGCAUUCAUCCCCUGGUUAUAGUGCUCUGUUACAAAACCCAGGAAGUAAUAGUGAUGAAAAUGCACAUUUUUUUGAAGCAAUUUCCAAAACUGAUGGUGGUAGUAUUGUUAGUCAAGAUGAUGAGUUUAUUAAUUAAGCUUUUAUAAACGCUUUCAAACUUUUAAUUUCUAGAAAUUGACAAAAUAUCAUUUUUGAAUUAUUUUUGUGUAUUUGCAAUUUGUAUAGCCUAAAGUAGAAUUCAAUUUUUUGCAUAUGGGAAACCAA